CCGUGUCGCUGCCUUUAGCUUGUCUUUCCAAACAACUGGAGCAGAAAUUUAUCCGGAAAUAAAUUAUUUGGGACUUUUUCGUCGUCAGUAUGGGUGUGUUUGACAACUGUUCAGUCCUUCUGGAGAUCAAAAACUUGCCUUUCAAGGAGAAGAAGAAGCUGAAAUCAAUAGUGACGUUGAAUGGAGGCAGCAUUUCUUUCAUAGUCAACAAACAGUGCUCUCUGGUGGUGACCUCCAACUUAUCCAACCUGAGCUCCAACAGACUGCGUAGCAUCCAGAAGAACCAGACACCGGUGGUUGGCUUUGAUUAUCUGUAUAAAUGUGUGGAGAGAGGCGUUCUUCUGUCUGUGGACGAGUACAAGAUGGACACUUCAUCUCCAGAUUCUCCUCCUCCCUGGAAGUCACUGCAGAGAGCUCCAUUAACUUAUAAAGCCGAGCUUCCAAAAGGUCCAACCUUGUCAGAGGGACCAGCUGUUGAAAAAAAUAAUCAGAAGUUCAGAAUCUACAAAGAGUCGGAUUCUGCUCUCCCAGCAUUCCCCGAUGAUUUCCAGGUGGCGAAGUACUCCGUUUUCGGACAGGAGAAUGGCAGCAGGUUUUGUGUGUUGGAGCUGCAGAGCGCCAAAGGCGAGCAGGGACGGCGCUAUCGUGUGGCCAGAUACUGGAAGGACGACGUGUUGUCGAAGAAUGCAGCUGUGAUGGAUCGGCUGGUGUUCCUGUCCACCUCAGAAGAAGCUGUGGACAUUUACAAGGCGCUGAGUGAAGAACUGGAGCGCUCUGAGCUGCAGAGGAUGAGCAGCUUACCUGCUGAGGCUCCACACCUGGGCUCUGCCCCCCUGCAGCAGCUGUUGUUGGAGGAAAAGCUGAGCUCCGGUGAUUUGUCUCCUGAUGUGGCGGCGUUUGUAGAGCUUCUGUGGACCGAAGCUCUCGGUUGCCUUGAGAACGUUCUCCGAGUUCCCAUCUCCGAUCUCAGCCUGAACGAUGUGAGCAGAGCUGAAGGCCUUCUGCUUCAGGCUCAGAGGAAACUGAAGGAGGGAAACGAGGAAGAGGCGACGUCUCUCCUGGGCGAGGUUUUCACCCUGCUGCCUCACCAGGAGCCCAGACCUCAGUCACCUACAGCCUGGUUUCUGUCUCGGAAGCUGGAUCUCUGUCAGUUAAUCCGUGAUGUUCUGAAUGUGAGCGAGACGACCAUGAACAACCCGAAGCCGUCCUCCGUGGGGAAGUACCGCGCACUUCGCUGCCACAUCGAAGCCAUUCCCCGCUGCAGCUCAGUGUUUCAGAACGUCGCCGCCCUGCUGGCUGACAGGUCGGUGCAGAUCCAGCAGAUCAUGCGGGUCAACAGAGCGGUGGAGCUUCAAACGUUUCAGAGCGAGAUCGGGAACGUUAAACCCCUCCUCCAUUCAUCCAGCCCCAGCAACUUUGUAGGAAUCAUGUCCAGAGGUCUGCUGCUUCCCCAUGUGGGAGUGGAGCAACAUGGGAUUACGAGAACGGACGUCGGGAACCUUGGCAGCGGGAUUUACUUUGGUGAUGCUGUGAGCACCAGUCUGAAGUACGCCAAACCCAGUGAAACAGACGGAUCGCGCCUCCUGCUGGUCUGCGAUGUGGCUCUGGGGGUUAGUAAGGAUCUCUAUAAGAGAGACCAGACUCUGACCGAGGCUCCUGAAGGCUACCACAGCGUUCACGGAGUCAGACAAACCAACAAAACUACAUCUGAUUUUGAGGAUGACGAGUAUGUAGUUUACUCUCUUGACCAAGUGAAGAUGAAGUAUGUAGUUCAGUUCAGAGAGGAAGGAGAUGAGCAGAAGAAUUUCAGUCCAGACAUCAACCUGUCUGCAGAACCCAUUGAGCCUGCUGAGAACCCGGAUCUCCCUUCGGAAGAUGUGGAAGAAGAUCUAGAAAAUGUGAAGAACCCUCUGGAGGACGUUAAAGCUGGACUGUUGGACAGUUCAGGCCAGCAGCUCCCCCUACAGGCCGUCCAUGUGAAGUGCAAACUGAUGGAUCUGCUCUCCCAGGUCAUCAUCUUCCAGAAAUACACCAAUCAGAGCUCAGAGCCCAUCGAGGCGAAGUACGUCUUCCCGCUGGACGACUCGGCUGCCGUGUGCGGAUUUGAAGCUUUCAUCAAUGGGAAACACGUGGUGGGAGAGGUGAAGGAGAAGGAAACGGCUCGUAAGGAGUACAAACAGGCGAUAGCGAAAGGCCACGGAGCGUACCUCAUGGACCAGGACGCUCCUGAUGUGUUCACCAUCAGCGUGGGCAACCUGCCGCCUGGCGCCACCGUCCUCAUUAAGGUGACCUUUGUGUCAGAGCUGGUGGUCAGAGACGGGAGCAUCCUGUUCUCCCUGCCAGGCAGCGUGGCUCCAUGGCAGGAAAGCGCCGCGCUCAACCAGACCACACAGGUCUCUGUGGAGAAGGUCUGUGUGGCCAACGAAGCAGCGAGAGAGUUUACGUUGGACAUGUCGGUGGAGAUGCCCUUUGAGAUCUCUAGCCUGACCUGCAUCACCCAUCAAGUCAAAAUUAAGAGGACUGACUGUAAGGCGGUGAUCAGUGUUCUGCCGGGUCAGGUCCUGGGGUCAGAUGGUUUCCAGAUGUCUGUCACUCUCUCUGAGGUUCAUCUUCCCAGAAUGUGGGUGGAGAAACACCCAGACAAGGACAGCCAGGCCUGCAUGCUGGUUUUCUACCCAAACUUUGAGUUUGACUCCAGCUCUGAAGGCAGUGAAGUUGUUCUUUUGCUGGACACGUCUGAGUCCAUGAAGGGGGAAUCGUUCCAGCUGGCCCAGAAAAUCGCCCUGCAGGUUUUAAAGACUCUGAAGAACGACGUCAAAAUCAACAUUGUUUUGUUUGGAACAGAUCACGCAGAAGCUUUUCUGACGGCUCAGAAACUCAACGAGGUUCAAGCUGAAGCCAAGAAGUUCAUCCAGAGCUGCUCCUCAGUAGGGGGCAGCACUGAGCUGUGGCGGCCUCUCCGGGCGCUCAGCCUGCUGCCGGCGUCCACCGGCGUACGAAAUCUGCUGCUGCUGUCGGACGGCCACAUCCAGAACGCGGCGGCCACCCUGCAGCUACUCAGAGACAACGUCCAGCACAGUCGUCUCUUCACCUGCAGCUUCAGCUCCACAGCCAAUCGCCACAUGUUGAGAGCCCUGGCUCAGGCAGGGGGUGGAGCUUAUGAGUUUUUCGACUCUAAAGCGAAGUACACCUGGGCUGAGAAGGUGGAGCGCCAGGUGAAGCGCAUGUCGUCUCCCGGCUGCAGCUCCGUCUCCGUGAAGUGGCAGCAGUUCAACCCCAGAGCUCCUCCAGUUCAAGCCCCGAAGCAGCUGACCGCUCUGUUCAACGACUGCCACACGCUGGUUUACGGCUUUGUGCCCCACUGCACUCAGGCGACUCUUCUUGGAGAUUUGCGUGGUCAGGAGCUUCAAACCAUGGUGUCAACAACAGAGCUGCAGAAGACCAGAGGAACGUUUCUUCAUAAGCUCACAGCAAGAGCCCUGAUCAGAGACUACGAGGAUGGAAACCUUGAUAUCACCGAAGCUGAACACGAGGGUAAAAAAGCAGAGCUGAAGUCCUUCAUCAUCGAUCUGAGCAAAGAGUUCUCCAUACUGUCUCAGUUCACCAGCUUCGUGGCCAUCGAAGAGAGGGAUUCUGAGAAGGCAGACGAUGGAGUCACAGACAUCCCAAAGCUGAUCGCAGAGGAGGAUGUGGACUUCUUGCCAUAUAUCAGCUGGAGUCUUCCUGAGGACAAAGAAAAAAUUGUGGUUUGUGAUGUAGAGUUAUCUGGAGAAAGCGAUUCCGAGAACUAUGAAGUGCGGGAGUACGAUAUGGACGAUGUAGCUUGUUACAGUGCAGCACGUCGUAAGGACUAUGAAGAGUCGGACAAUGACUAUGAAGCGUGGGACGAUAACUAUGAAGAGCGGGAGUACGAUAUGGACAAAGUAACUCGUUACUGGGCAGCACGUCCUAAGGACUAUGAAGCAUGGGAGGACGAUAGAUCUGGAGAGAUUGAGGAGAAACCUCUAGAGUUGGUAGAGAAAGGUUCUACGUACCACAGGAGGACAGAGGCACAGAGUCCGAUCCCAGUGAUAGGUAUGUCUCUUGCUCCCGAGUCCUCCAGGACAGGAGGACUAUUUGCUCACCCCGAGUCCUCCGGGACAGGAGGACUAUUUGCUCAACGCGAGUCCUCCGGGACAGGAGGACUAUUUGGUUCUGCCCCCUCACCUGCUGGUUUUGGAACCGCAUUUGGUGGUUUUGGAGCCUCACCUGCUGGUUUUGGAGCCUCACCUUCUAGUUUUGGAGCCUCAUUUGGUGGUUCUGCCCCCUCAACUUCUAGUUUUGGAGCCUCACCUGCUGGUUUUGGAGCCUCACCUUCUAGUUUUGGAGCCUCAUUUGGUGGUUCUGCCCCCUCAACUUCUAGUUUUGGAGCCUCACCUGCUGGUUUUGGAGCCUCACCUUCUAGUUUUGGAGCCUCACCUGCUGGUUUUGGAGCCUCAUUUGGUGGUUUUGGAGCCUCACCUUCUGGUUUUGCACUUACAUCAACAUCGCUGUUUGGUAAUGUUCGCCAAGCCUCACCUUGCUUUAGGCCUGAGAACCUUGCUCAGUCUGUGAGCGGAUUUUCGUUUGGCUCUAAAUCAACAGCUUCUUUGAAACCAUCUGUACCACUUUCAUCAUCAGUUCAGCCAUUAUCAGGAGAUUUGUCCAAACCAAGCUCUCUUGCUGAUAAAAGUCGAGCAUUUUUUGAGCAACCUUCCCCAUUUUCUAAAUUUCUAACGACAGGCUUCAUUUCUUGCGUGCCGGUACCUGAAGAACUUAGUGCUGUACAGCAGGAAGCCACACCUGAUUCUUUAGGCGAAGCUCCUUUGACACGUUUAGAAUCUGAAUGUUUUGCAAAUCAAGAAGAGGAACUCUCAUCCUUACAACACAAUGAAGGACAGACAAUGUUGCAUCAGGUUCCAGAAUCUGAUCCAACACCUCUCAAUCGUCCUAGAUUUAUUGGACAUUUAAGUCGAGUGUGCAAUAGAGCUCCAACACCUUUCUCUAAAAUGGGCUCCAUCAAACUGGACCGCAGAGUAGCUCCACCACUACCUCUUCAAGUAACUAGAGGAGCUCCACCACCUCCACCUCCAAAGCGCAAAGGAGCUCCUCCACCUCCAGGACCCAUUGAAGCUCCUCCUCCUCCACCUCCAGGACCCAUUGAAGCUCCUCCUCCUCCACCUCCAGGACCCAUUGAAGCUCCUCCUCCUCCACCUCCAGGACCCAUUGAAGCUCCUCCUCCACCUCCAGGACCCAGUGGAGCUUCACUACGUCGUCGUCUUCGUCGUAACAUCUCCGCCUUGUUAUUACGUGGAGAUCUACUGGAUGAUCUGAUUGCUAAAUCAGAUAUCCAGACACAUCAUCCAUCCUUUGAAGGUCCAGGCCCAGAAGAGCAGAAGCUGAAGUGGAUUAAGAUCUUCCAACUGCAGCAGGCGGAUGGAUACUGGGAGUUCACUGUUGAGCUGGGAGAACUGAUCAACGUCAACGUGGAUGUGUUCGCUAACGUGUUCCUGAAGAACAAAGGCAUUCUUUCUCUGGGUGCAAAGGUCAACACAGGAAUCAGGAGGCUGGUGGCGACUCUGUUGGUUCUGCAGCUGAUGAGGGAGGAGAAGCUGGAGGAAGGAAAACUGCUGCAGAGUCUGUUUCACCUGAAGGAGCCGACUGGGUCCAGGUCUGAGCGCUGGCAGCAGGUGAAGAAGGCAGUGGACUGGGUGCGCUGGGCCGACCGGGAGUAUCCGUGCGCCUGCAGCCGGCUGGAGUUCGGCUGGAGCUGGGAGUCUUCCACCCGCCAGCUGCUGGGCUUCGAACGCUUUCCCCCGUUCUCACCGCUCAUCAGCCUGGAGCUGCAGAAGACCGCAGCGCCGCUGGCUGUCCACUGAGGAAAUGAUGCAACAUUUUCUGAAAGUCGUAUAUUAAUUUGUAUUUUGUUUCACUUUUUAUUUGCUUCGGUUUGUGUUUAUGUACGAAGAAGUAAAGAUCAUCAAAAAUUACAUGACAAAAUAUUAAAGCAUUUAGUUUUUUAAUUUUAAAACGUGAGAAAGGGAGAGAAAAAUUUAUGUUUCAUCCACUUAAAUGAUACAAAAUUAGUAAAAUUACACUCACAGAUGGAUAAAUAGAAUUAGAAACAAAACUGUUAUCAAUCACAAACUGGAGAAUAUAAUUGAUGCCACAAUCUAAACGUCUUCCUCCCUAAUAAAUUCAGAAAACCAAACCUUGGUGGUUUGCUUUUAUCUUAAAAACUAACAAGAAUAGAUUAAAAUGUGUUUGUGAUACUUUUGGAGUUUAAUUCUUGUUGUUUUAUAAAACUAAUCUUUUGGGAGAAAUUAGCAAAUUUUUUACAUCAUUUUCAGAUAUUACUUUCAUCUGAAGAUGGCUUAGAACUAAAAUAUACAUUUUCUUUUCUUUAUUUAUUUUUUAUUUUUUGCAACGGUUUAAGGCACCUUCUUUGGUUUUACGAACUGUUUAAACCUGUUUUUACACAUUGCUUUACAUAAAAUAUCAGCUUUCACUUGGAAAUAUCAGGCAUUGGAAAAACAAACACCAAAAUAAUUUGUGUCUAUUUUCAGUAACAGUAUGUUUCACUAUCUAUGACAGUAACCCGUUAAAAUAAAAUUUCAAAGGCUCUUUAAGUACUUUAUUCAGGUAUUAUGUCAACAAAAUCUUCCAAAGAAUUCUAAGGUGGUUUGUUUUUAUACCCGUGUUUAUUAAAUCUGUAGUCAUUUUUAUUCGACUGAUUAAAGUAAUCUGAAAAUGUUUUUUUAAUCUAGUUCUUUUAUGGCAUCUGGGUAAUAGUCAGAAAAUUAAAUGACCAAAGCGAAAGUUAUGACCAUGUAUUUGUUUCAAUCAUCUCAUUUUGUGAUUCUCUUAUUGAAACUUUGACAUUUUCAAUGAAUGAGCUUAUACAAAUUAACAGUUUUGGAUGUAUUUUUAAACGACUUACUGUUUUUGUUGACCUAUUCAUAGCAAAAUUCAGAUAAAUUACUAACGUAGCAAUUGUAACCAUUUCAAAUUAUUUCAUUUCCUGGGUAUUGGUGUCUGUUUUGUUCAACGUGAAAUUUAUCUAGAUCUCAAAUAAACAUUUUUUAUGGGCA